AAGAAAGCAUUCGAUCCGUUAUAAAGCGAGCGAGUGCAAGUACGUCGAUGUGUAGCCUACAGCUGUCUACAUUUUGGGAUGGUCUGAAAACGAAGCUACUGAGUAACCCAAGGAGUGAACACGUUUUCCAUCAACCAAACCAACUGUUGCCUUUGUUGUAAUAGUCAGUGUUUCUCAGUUGAAUGCGACUCUAGCCAUGGCAGAUAUUCGCAAGAAAUUGGUCGUGGUAGGAGACGGUGCUUGUGGGAAAACAUGCCUCUUAAUCGUGUUCAGCAAGGACGAGUUCCCAGAGGUCUACGUCCCAACUGUAUUUGAGAAUUAUGUCGCUGAUAUCGAGGUAGACUCCAAACAAGUGCAGCUGGCUCUGUGGGAUACUGCUGGACAAGAGGACUACGACAGGCUCCGGCCGUUGUCCUAUCCGGACACUGAUGUCAUACUGAUGUGUUUUUCGGUGGAUAGUCCAGACUCCCUUGAAAACAUUCCUGAAAAGUGGGUGCCAGAGGUCAAACACUUUUGCCCAAACGUCCCCAUAAUUCUAGUGGCUAAUAAAAAGGACUUACGGAACGACGAGAACGUAAGAAACGAGCUGUCAAGGAUGAAACAAGAGCCCGUGAAAACGGAGGACGGAAGAGCCAUGGCCGUGCGCAUCGGGGCGUACGACUAUUUGGAGUGUUCAGCCAAAACCAAAGACGGUGUACGCGAGGUGUUCGAGACCGCUACACGCGCCGCUCUACAGAAGCGACCAAGCCCAGCUGGUAGUUGCACAAAUUGUUGUCUGCUAUUGUGAGGACUUUACUGAAUAGCCAAAUAAGCAUACAAUGAAAGCUCGUUGCCUGAACGAUUCUGACUAUUAUUGCCACGUCCUGUCUGGUGCCCGCCUAUUCACAAGGCUCCUUGUGUACGGAGUAAUGAUGUCAGGGGGAAAUUGUUAAACGGCACUGGGCCUACUUCGAGACAGCAUCAGGACUCUUGUUGUUAAAUCUUUGUUUUAUGUGCCAAGAAAGUGAGGCGCAUGGGGUAUGGGCCAAUGUAGCCUACUAAUUCCGAACAGGGAACAAAACAGUAAAAGUGGCACUCUACUGAACCAUUUCGUAUGGCUGGUGUUGUAAAAACACUCUGACAGAAAAUACUGUAGGCUACUAUUUGUGGGAGGGUGGAUGCACAUGUGUUAAACAACCUUUUUUGUUGACCGUAAAUAUUGUUUAAAUGAAAUAUUGUCUGCGACAAUUAUGCUGCCUAUAGGCCUAGCCUUCUUCAAGUAAUUGAAGCCUAAUGUUAGUGGAUUUCUGAAUUAAACAAAACCAUUCACUACUUUAUUUCACUGGACUUUUUUCUUUCUUUUUUUUGUUUUUUUUUCCAAAGCUGCUCUUGCAAGUUAAAGGCAUUCAUGUUUUAUGAUCACAUAGCAGGCCUAGGCCAAGUUCUAGCAUAGCAAAAGCCUGCUGGAAAACUGACUGCAACUUGUCAACCAUUGUCUGCUAUGUGCCACACUAAGAACACUUUUAUAGUGCAAUACUUUUGUAUCCUCUGUGGAUGUAUCAACAUGGACUUUAAAAAAAAAAACUGAAACGUCCUUAAUUUAAAUUGCCUGAAUAAAGACCACUUGUAUUACCAUUAAAUGUGAUUGGUCCUUCCGACAGGAUGUUGGGCAAUUUUUGGAAGCUAUAAUUCUGUGACAAAGAAUUGUAAUACUAACAGUCAGAUUCCAUAAAACCUUACAGCUAAGUGACCUUUGCACUAAGUAUAUGUAUGGUCUACAAUAGGGUGUCAUAAAUCUAUACAGAACUGCAUUAACCUAGUUGUACCUCUAUAAUACAACGCUUGGGCAAAUCUGUGAUUUACAUGUUACAUGAUUAAAUGUAUUGCUGAAAUGUA